AUGCGCGACUCUCCGGGCUGUGUCCGCUUCCGGAACUUCCGCUUCCGGAACUUCCGCUUCACAAACUCGCGCGGUGUUGUCAUGGAGACCGCGGUCGUAGGGGAGCUGGUAGGACACACCGAAAGGGUCUCUGGCUUCACAUUUUCUCACCACCCGGGUCAAUACAACCUCUGUGCCACCAGCUCAGAUGACGGGACUGUGAAGAUUUGGGAUGUGGAGACAAAAGCAGUUGUGACAGAGCAUGCACUGCAUCAGCACACAAUAUCAGCUUUACACUGGUCUCCUCGAGUAAAGGACUUGAUCGUAUCUGGGGAUGAGAAGGGAGUCAUUUUCUGUUACUGGCUUAACAGAAAUGACAGCCAGCACUUCUUUGUGGAACCCAGGAUAAUUUUCUGCCUCACGUGUUCACCUCAUCAGGAGGACUUGAUAGCCGUUGGUUACAAGGAUGGCAUGGUGGUUAUAAUUGACAUCAGUAAGAAAGGAGAAGUUGUCCAUAGACUGCGAGGCCACGAAGAUGAGAUCCACUCCAUCGCCUGGUGCCCCCUGCCAGGUGAAGACUGCCUAUCCAGCAACCAAGAGGACGCUUCAGAAGAACCUGAACUUCCCAAUGGGAGAGUUAUGCCACAACCUCCAGUAACAAAAGGCUGUUACUUAGCCACGGGAAGCAAAGAUCAGACUAUUCGGAUCUGGAGCUGCUCUAGAGGCCGAGAUUGA